UAAUAUCACCUUUUCAGCCCAAUAAACUCGGGCGGUGGUUGCUAAGCAACGUUCGCGCCGCGGGUCAUUCCCGGUGUUUUGCUGGGACGCUGGUGAUUAAACAUCCAGAAUUUCAACACAUAAGGAAAAUCUAAAAUCUGUACAAAUGAACGAGCCCUCUGUUAUAGAUGACCUGCUGCACAACCUCCCACCUCUACCCUCCAGUGAGCUAACUGACCCUCAGGAUGACGUCACCCUGCCCAGGUUGAUCGAAGCUCUGCAGCACAGACACAGGAUUAGACUGAUGAUGCUUGAUGAAUACAGCCAAGCAGCCGCUGCGAUGAACUCCAUGCUUCAGGAGCUGGACAACAGCCUUAUUUCAAAAGACAGUUUGAUUCAUGAGCAAAAUGGAAAACUGGCAGAGAAGGACAAAAUCAUCCAAAGCAACACAUCCGAGAUCGAAUGCUUGAAGAAGGGAACCAAAAUGCAAGAAUACAAAAUCAACAUCCUGCAGAAAAUGACCAAAAUCUAUGAGGAUGAUAAGCGUUCACUUGAACAGGAGCUGGAAACCAAAGAGCAGAGGCUUCAGAGGGAAGUGUCUAACAAUAGACGUUUGGAGCAGCAUAUGCACAGUGUGGUCAGAGACACCAAGCUCAAGUGUGAGAAAGAAUGUGAUAGACGUGUUAAUGUGAUAAAGUUGGAGAUGCAAAACAGGCUCUGGGUGAGGGACGAGAAGCUAAAGCAGCUCAAGGCCAUCGUGACUGAAGACAGGAAUCCAGAUUGUCCUGAUCCUCCACCGUGUCAGAUGCAGCCAAAGCAAUGCCUCCCUGCAAAGAGGUUGCCUUCACCCACCCCUGCUCCCGUGCCCUCGCCUUCACCUUUGACCUCAUCCUCAUCUUCUCCUUCCCCUUGCCCCGUUGAUUCUCCCCAUGUCACGCCAGUACCAGUCAGUCCAACCAGACCUGAGGAGGUUGAAAUGAACCCAAGGCCUGACUGCCCCAUCCCCUGCCCCAGUAGCCCUUUGUCUGUGACGGGCUGCAUCUCUGCAUGGGAGCAGUGGUCAGCCCAGGACAGCAGGCAGGGUCACUAUUCCCCUCGUACACCAACGAGAACCCAGUCCUCAGCAGGCUCCUCCGCCAGCCAGGCCAGGAGGAGAGCUAUGUGUUUGACUAGAGAGGAAGAGUCCGACUCCCCUCAGUUAGAUUUAAACCUAAUUGAGAGAAGCUACAAGACGGUUACCCCAGUACAACCACUGCACCGCCACACCCGCUCUACUGCUAGGGAGAAGUGGGUGGACCAUACACCCUUGAGCAGUAUAGACUUGGGUACCGUCUUGCAGCCCAUCAUCCCACGUGCCAUCAAGGUGUCUGAACCCAGUGAGAAGGCCCUGUCAAAGUGUGACAGAUAUGUUUUAACACACCAGGAAGUUGCCUCUGAUGGCGAGAUCCAGACCAAACUUAUCAAGGGUGAGGUGAUUAAGACCAGGGGAGGAGGACAGGCUGUACAGUUCACCGACAUUGAGACACUAAAACAGGAGUUCACAACUGUCCCAAGCUGCAAAAGAAAAUCUUCCGAAGGCAAACCUGGAAAUGGAGAUCGAGCAGAAGAAGAUAGCACUGAUGUGGAGACGAGGUGCUCUGUGGCCAUAGAGAUGAGGACUGGAUCAAACAUGGGUCCUGGCUAUGAGCAUCAGAGGAUCAAUAAACGCAGGAAAUGCUAAAAGCAGCCGCCAGCUGCUCCAGUGAUCACUUCCCUCUUUCCUCACUUUGCUGUUGUGCAAUAGUUUGAACUUCUUAUUUGUUAGCUUUUGUGAAAAUAUUGUUUAUAUGUGUAAAAGUGUUUAUACAUGGGUCACUAAAGCUACUUUGUAAACAAUUUUGUGUUGUAUUUGAACCAAUAUAAAACAAGUGUUGUUUGAUUCAGUCAAGGAUGUUGGCAAAUAUUUAGUUUCUGUGACUCUGCUGCUGAAGAUUCUGAGUGCACAUGCAAGACAUUGUGAAGCUGCCACGAUAUUUUUUUUUGUUCAGUGCAUACGUUUUCUGUCUGUUUGUUAUUGAAUUAUAUAGCAAUUCCAAUAGCAUUUGAAUAAUCCUGUUCUUCUUGAAUUUCGCUAUACAUAAAAUUAGCUUCUGUCACGUACAAUCUCUCCUCUGCUCUCCUACCUUCACUGUUCACUCAGGAAUAAAAUUCCAGCACCA